AUGGACAUCUGCUUAUCCAACAACAACGCUUCGGAGGAGGCGACGGCUAGUCUUGAACAUGGCUCCAACCAUCUCUCGGUCAACGGCAUCCACCGUCGCAGCCACAGAUCAAGCGACGCGAGCAGCGAUCGCUCUUUGGGAAUGGCCAUCGGCCGCGACGAAGAUGAAUUGCAUUCUACUUAUGGCGCUAAUACAGACGGAGAGGACCUCGAGUCCGACCCCCUGGUGCCGAGAGUGGGGAUGGAUUUCGAUUCGGAAGCGGCCGUGUAUAAUUUUUACAGCAGCUACGCUAAACAAACCGGUUUCAACGUGAGAAGGGGAAAAGCAGAAUACUCUGGAUCCGACAAGGGCGUCGUCAGGGCGAAGUCCUUCUUAUGCUCUUGCGGAGGCCACAAGUCCAAAGAGCAGAUCGCCAACGCGAUGCGGUACAAAAGACGGGACACGAGAACAGGUUGUGACGCUAAGAUCGAAUGCGUGGUCAAUGAUGGAACGUGGAAGAUCUCCUGGGUAGUCCUCGAGCAUAAUCACGUUACGACGGCUCUUUCGACGGGCAGGAUUGCUUACCGAGUUAGGGCGGUCGGAGAGCGGGCUCUUGAUUCCGACGCGGACCUCACCUGGGAGGAUCGCCCAAGACCCGCGCCGGAGGAGACUCAGGACUUGAUUGAUCACUUCAGGCGUCUGGCGAGGUUAGAUUGUUGUUCCUGUUACUCGUUGCGAGUGGUGGAGGCACGCGGCAUGGAGAAUUUUUUCUGGAGGGAUAGCCGGUCCAAGGUCGAUUAUGAGCAUUUUAGCGAUCUUCUAGUCCUGGACACGAGAACUUGGAUCAGCAAGUAUGGCAUGAUAUUUGCAGUGUUUUGGGGACUCAAUCAUCAUCGGAAGCCCACCAUAUUCGGACACGGUCUCUUGGUCGAUCGAACGGUGGGUUCAUUUCAUUGGUUGCUCGAUACUUUCCUUCAAUCCAUGAACUGGCGGAAACCACAGACAAUCAUUACUGAAGUCGGCGAAGAAAUCGCCGAAGCCGUCUCUCUUGUCUUGCCAGAGACCCGCCAUUGUCUGCCCGCUUGGUCCGUCUUGAACAGUUUCCGGAAGUACCUGUCUCCUUUGAGUGACCAACUCGACGUCGUCGAGCUCUUCAGGGAGUGCGUGUUCCUCCACUCGCGAGAAGAAUUCGAGUCCAAGUGGAAUUCGUUUAUAGGAAAGUACAAGCUGCGGGACAACUCGUGGCUUGCUUCUUUGUAUAAAAUGCGCGAGAAAUGGUCUCAUGCGUUCACGAAGAACGUCUUCUCUGCCGGCCUACUCUCCAUACAAAACGUUGAGGACGCUGGGAGUCUCUCCUCCGAGACCAACGUCUUCUCUGUCGGCCAACUCUCCAUACCAAACGUUGAGAACGCUGGGAGUCUCUCCUCCGAGACCAUGACGCUAACCGAAAUUGCAUGGCGGUCUGAACAGGUGGCCAAGGAGGUGCGCGCAGAAGAAUUUCGCGAUGACAUGCUCUGCGAGAAAAACACGGUUAAUUUGAAAACCGGGAAUCCGAUGGAGAAAGAAGCUGGACGACUCUAUACUCGAAGGAUGUUGGAGAUGUUCCAAGAGGAGUUCAUCAAUUGCCUAGGGCUGGCAGUGGAAGAAAUUAAGUGCUCGGAGACUCUCCGCAUGUUCCAGUUGACAGAAGCAGGCGGCACGGAGACACAUACCGCCAGCAGCAGACAGAUCGUCAAGUAUGAUCCUUCGGAUUCGACAUUGGCAUGUAGCUGUGGGAAGUUCGAGUCGCGAGAUACCGCCUCGCUACUUCUUGAAACGAUGGACAAAAUCUGCCAAAGACAACGUGCCCGUGCCCGUGCCCACCCCCAGCGCAGCUGCGCGUGA